AUGCGCUUCGCCAAGGGCUUCUUGUCGGCGGCGCUCCUCGUUGCGGGAGCGCUAGCCGCGAAGAAGUCGUCUGAGGAACGCUUCAACGAUUUCCAAGCCAAGCAGCUGGUCUCUACGCCCGUGAAGCUCUCCGAUGUGACAUACCAGUCUCUCACCACCGCUCCCCGCGAUUACAGUGUCACGGUUCUCCUGACUGCCAUGGACGCGCGGUACGGGUGUCAGCUCUGCCGUGACUUCCAACCGGAAUGGGAACUGCUCGCCAAGAGCUGGGUCAAGGGAGAUAAGAAGGCCGAAUCACGCAUGGCGUUCGCGACUCUCGACUUUGCAAACGGCAGAGAUACCUUCCUCUCGCUUGGUCUGCAAACCGCACCAGUGCUCCUUCACUUCCGACCUACGAGUGGGCCCCAUGCGGUCGCCGCCCCUGAACCCGUUCGAUAUGACUUUACCAGCGGGUAUACCCCCAAAGCCGAACAGGUUCGUUCCUGGCUGGUCCGCCAUACUCCUGACCGCCCCCACCCCGAAAUCUCGAGACCGAUCAACUGGGUUCGUUGGAUUGUCAGCGUGACCGCUGUGCUGGGCAUCGUGACGUUUGCCGUUACCGCCGCUCCCUACAUCUUGCCUGUGUUCCAGAACCGCAACAUCUGGGCCGCGAUCAGCAUCAUUACUAUCCUUCUCUUUACCAGCGGACACAUGUUUAACCAUAUCCGAGGUGUCCCAUACCUCGGACAAGAUAACCGCGGAGGUGUAGUCUAUUUCACGGGAGGCUUCCAGUCCCAGGUCGGCAUUGAAACUCAGCUUGUGGCUACCAUGUACGGAAUGAUGGCAUUCUGCGCCAUCUCCCUGGCCGCCAAGGUCCCUAGAAUGGACAAUCCUCGUGCCCAGCAGGUAGCUGUCAUCAUCUGGGGAGGUAUCCUACUACUCACGUCGAGCUUCUUCCUCAACAUUUUCCGAAUCAAGAAUGCCGGCUACCCGUUUUCCCUCCCACCUUUCAUGUAA